AUGGCCACAGCUGCAAGAGUUGCCUCCGUUGCUUUCGUUGGACUGGCGGUGCUACCGUUCCUGGUCAUGUGCUACGUCCCCGCCUUCCUCUACGUGUACGGCGGGCCCGUGGCCUGCAUCGCGCUCGCCAUCUGGCGCACGGUGCAGCGCGACUAUGGCGGCGGCGGGGACGACAAGGCGAACCUGGCGCCAGCGCUGGACAUGUUCUACUCCCUGGUCCUCCUCCAAGGCGGGCUCCUCCUGGUCUGGCUCUACCAUGAGUCCUGGUGGGUAGAUCACCUCAUCACGCUCCGUCAGCACUACAAGCUGCCGGAGACGGGGUGGUGCCGCCUGGCGCUCGUGGAGUUCCUCUGCGACACCAGGGCGAGAUGCUGGCGGCACCUCUCGUCGAUCCGUGGCCGGAAGCUCGUCGACUACGCCGUCAGCUUGCUGGACUCCGGGUCGUGGGACGACAACCUGUCGGGGGCGAGGCUGCUGGACGAGUUCAUCAGGCAGGGGUACGACGUGAGGUCGCUGCUCCUUCCUUCCAGGCCCAAGAUCCAGAAGCUGAUCGACUCGCUGGGAUGGAGAGACGGCCGGCGACCGGAGGUCGCGGAGAUGAGGAAGCUCGCGGCACGCAUCGUGGCGCACCUCGCCGGCGACCUCCACCUGGCCCAGUUCCCCGGUGCCAUCCGGUGCAUAUCCUACCUUCUUGAGGACGAGGCCACGCUGGCGUACAGCGACCAACAAGGUCUCACCCAUCGUCCACAAAGGAGGCUUGCAUCAGAGAAACAGGCCAUGAUCCUUCGACUCGAAAGGAGAGAACAAGAACGGGAAGCGCACCACCAGAAAAAACUCAUCAAGAGACAACAACGAGAUGGUGUUCGCCUGCAGCAGCAGCAGCAGCGAGGAGGCGGCGGUGGUGCCUGCAACGAGCUGAUCCUGCAAGGCCUGGCGAUCCUGGAGAGGCUCGCGUCUGACCGCCACAACUGCGGCGAGAUAUGCAGCAGUCCUGGCCUCCUCCCCAGGAUCACGGCGCCGCUCUUCUCCGGCACUGACUGGGUCCAUGAUAUCCACGGCACUGACUGGGUCCACGUUGUCAACGCCACCUUCAAGAGCACUGAAGCUGGCAAGGAGGCCCACCAGGAGCUGAAGAUGCGAGCAAUGCACAUCUUCCUUACCGCUGAUGGGGACCUCAGAGCCACCGCUGGGAGAACACUAGUGUUAACCAAAUAUGGAGAUGAGAAUAGCUUGGAUCUAGUUCGAAUUCUUGAUGACGACAACAUCGAAUACAGGAUGAUAGCAGCGGAGAUCUUGGAGAAUAUGUGUGUACACUGUGACAAACAACGUGUGAAGGAAAUAUUGCUGCCAAAGGUUCUCUCAAACAUAAUGUCGUCUCAAAGAGAGAACACACAAAGUCAAAAUUCUAUACUGAGGAUUCCUGCACCAGGACAAGAUAUAGAAAACCAAAACAUUUCUACCCAGCGAGUUAACACACAGGUUCAGGGGACUCCUUCAUCGAGGGACCAAAAUAAGUCAUCUGAUCAAGGAAAUGAGGGGCAAACUGCUACAAAGGCAUUGCAAGAAAAACUUCUGUCGCUUACUCUUGUGAUGUAUGCUAAACUGGAAAAUGCAGAUUUCAGCAUUGCGCUUCAAAACAAUGGCUCAGCAUUUGUGGCGAAGCUCAAGAGUAUGGUAGAAGAGAACUGUCAGGCCACAGUUGGCAGUCUCAAUAUUGUGAAGCUUUGCGGUCAGAUAGCCGUUUCAAUGAUGCAGCGCAACCAGUAUACUGAAUACUUCAAAAACCAGGAAUUCGUGAAGUCACUGUCUGAGGCUAGGAAAAUCAUGUCUAACCUUGAAAGUUGUGUACUGUUUGCUGGGAGGGAUCAUGGACUGAGGAACAUGGCUAGGCCUCUCCUCUUGGAUCUUGAGAAAGAAGCAGAAAAGGUAGUUGGUUAG